UGGCUACACAGAAAUAUUUAGAAAUAUGUCGCUGUAUUUGAAGUAAUUGAAGGUCAAGUUAGUUGAUUACCUGUUUUAUUUUGUGUACUUUUUUGGAUUCUAAAUAUUAAGUUAAACAAAAAUGCCAGCCAAACCCCCCUUGGGUAGAGACAAACGAGUGAGUACUCAAAAGCAAUCGAAAACAAAUCUCAUCGAUGGAAAAGAGUCAGUUGGAAGCGAGGAUGACUGGGCAAAGGCUCGACAAUUGAUUAAACCGGAUGAUCAAUUGGACCUGAAUGAAAGUGAAUUGUCGGAAGAGAUUAAAAAAGUUUUAUCCACCGACAAUCCAAAUGUUCCGAAAAAUCUGGUCAUCUAUAGUUUCAAGGAGGGGUGUUUCGUUGAGAUGCCACCUCCACCAAAUAUCGUUACAUUAUUUAAAUUUGAUGGAACAUCACUUCAUCUUGAUUCGGAUGAAGCCAAAAAGCAAAUUGAGGAAAUGGGAGAUGACUAUCAACCGCCUGUGGAAUCGGAUCCAGAAGAUGUCGUUUCUGAAGUAGCACCUCCACCGAAACCGGAAGGAGGGGAAGAUGACGGUGAAGGUGCUGAGGACGCUGAGGCAGACGAAGACGAAACAACGGCUGUAGCAGCUGUUGAAGCCCCUGCAGCUGCGAAAACUAGUGGCAAGAAAAGGUUAAAACUAAUAAACCAGUUCAACUACUGUGAGCGAGCUGCGUUAACUUACAACAAUCCCUCACGGAGUGUUGAUACGCAAACAAUACCGCCACCACGCUCUAAUUUCGCUGGCAAUGUUAAACAAUGGGUUAUCUAUGACUCAUACGCUGCGGAUUUCGAGCAGAACCAAAAAGACAAAGAGAAGGAUAAAAAGAAUACGGUGUCCAAGAAAGAUAGCAAGAAAAAGGCGGACAGUGCUCAGGCGUCACAAGAACUGAAUAAGAAGUAUUUACAGUGCUGGCAAAUAUUGGAGAGGAUGAUCAAUCAAAAUAUCUUUGAUGACAUUGCUCAAGACUACCGCUAUUACGAGGAUCCAUCGGAUGAAUUUCGGGAAGAGGAAGGAACUCUGCUACCCCUAUGGAAAUUCUCAUACGAAAAGACUAAGAAAAUGCACAUCACAGACAUUUGCUUCAAUACCUUGUACUAUGAUUUGUUUGCUGUCUGCUAUGGAUCAUUGGACUUCUUACGGCAAGCUCCAGAAGGAGGUGUCUGUCUAUUUACUAUCAAGAACCCAUCGUUUCCCGAUUAUCGAAUUAUGACUGAAAGUGGUGUCAUGUGCUGUGACAUUCAUCCCAAGUAUCCUUAUUUACUCGUAAUUGGAAUGUACGACGGUAACGUUGCUGUGUACAAUCUACAAACGAAUCCAUCACAACCACUUUACUUAUCAAAGGGUGUUAAUUGCAAACAUUCGGAUGUUAUAUGGGAGAUGAAGUGGGGUCCAGAUAUGCCGGAUGGCGAGAUUAACUUUUAUUCGGUUUCUGCUGAUGGACGCGUUUUCAAUUGGGUGUUAAUGCAGAACAAACUGUCCAUCACAACGAUUAUAACGCUGUAUUUGGACAAGGAGCACAUUGGUAAUCCUGAUGGAAGUGACAUCCAACUUAAAGCCUGCGGAACGUGUAUGAUAUUUCAUCCGAAGCAACCAGAAAUAUUUUUAGUGGGGACGGAAGAGGGUUUGAUCUAUAAAUGCAGCACGGCAUUCAGUUCCAAAUACUUGAUGACCUACCAUGCGCACUAUUUGUCGAUCUACAAAAUUGAUUUUAAUAAAUUCAAUUCGAAUAUAUUUGUUUCGUGCAGUGGAGACUGGCGGGUUAAAAUCUGGGAAGACAUGAGAAGCGAACCGUUGUUUAUAUUCGAUCUGGGUGCUAGUGUGGGUGAUGUUAAAUUUAGCCCUUAUUCGAGCACAGUUCUUGCAGCUGUAACCACCGAAGGAAAGGUGUACGUUUUUGAUAUUAAUGUUAACAAAUACAAAGCCAUCUGUGUUCAACAAGUCGUACCAAGAAAAUCAGUCAAAUUGACGUGCAUUGCAUUUAAUCAAAAACUCCCGUUUAUAAUCGUCGGUGAUGAUAAGGGUAUGACUACGUCGCUGAAACUUUCGCCGAACCUACGACUGAAAGUGAAACCACCGAAGAAGCAGCAGAAUGUUGAUCAAGAUGUGUUGCAACUGCAAAAAUUGGAGAAAUUAUUGUCGUUGGUUAGAGAGUUACCAGAUGAUGAAGAAUUGGAAAAAGAGGCUGCCACAACCGUCGCUUCGUAGAUUUAAAUGUGUAAUGUGAGCGGUACGUUAAAUUAAUUACU